AUGGCCAGUACAGCCGUGCACAUGGAGGCGUUUCUCAGGACGUUCCCGUUUAUUGACCAAGCGCACAUGGCUCUGCUGAAGGCGCGGCGGGGAGAACCAAGAGGGGGGACAGGUCAAGGAACAAAAGAAAGAAGAAGAAGGAAAGGGCGCCCCAGGGACAAGCAACAGGCAGAUGCAAUAGACGAGAAGAGUAGGGCAGAGGUGCAAGGAAUGACAAUGGGGGAGAAGACAAAGAAGGAGGAGGAGGAGAAGAAGAAGGAGGUGGAGAAGAAGAAGGUGUUGGUGGAGCAGGAGGAGGAGGAGAAGGGCAGGGGUGGUGCUGGUGGAACGGUGCCCCGGAGGAGCAAGGCCGGACCCCGCGCACCGACACGGGGCGAACGCGCACAAGCGGGAGCAAAACAAUAA